CCAACGCUGCCCCACCCAACUCCAUCCUCAACGUCUCUUCCUCCUCCUCCUUCCCAGACACACAGUAUAAGCAAAGCUCAAAAAAAAAUGGCUCUCAAGCUGAACGUGGUAGCCAUGCCGUCCCACAAUCUCAAGUCUGCCAAAGUAUUUGCAGCCUCCACCAUGCAGUGCUCCCCUACUAGAGGGUCGGAGAGUACACAGAGGGACUCCUAUCGGCCUGCCAAAGAAGUCCAUUUUCAAGUGACGCAUUCCAUGCCACCAGAAAAGAUUGAGAUAUUCAAGUCUAUGGAGAGUUGGGCUACGAAGAACAUCUUAACGCAUCUAAAGCCUGUUGAGAAAUCGUGGCAACCGCAAGAUUUCCUGCCACAAGCUGACUCCGAAGGAUUCUAUGAACAAGUGAAGGAAUUGAGGGAAAGAUCAAAAGAACUUCCUGAUGACUACUUUGUUGCUUUGGUGGGAGAUAUGAUCACAGAAGAAGCACUUCCAACGUACCAGACAACACUUAACACGCUGGAUGGAGUCAGGGACGAGACUGGUGCAUCACUAUCUCCUUGGGCAGUUUGGAAUAGAGGAUGGACUGCUGAAGAGAACAGGCAUGGUGACCUUCUCAACAAGUAUCUUUACCUAUCUGGACGAGUGGACAUGAGACAGAUUGAGAAGACAAUCCAGUAUUUGAUAGGGUGUGGAAUGGAUUUCAAAUUUGAGAACAACCCGUACAACUGCUUCAUUUACACAUCAUUCCAAGAGAGGGCAACAUUCAUCUCUCAUGGCAACACAGCUAGACUAGCCAAGAGAUAUGGGGAUGCGAAGCUAGCACAAAUAUGCGGCACCAUUGCUGCAGAUGAAAAGCGCCAUGAAAUUGCAUACACCAUGAUUGCGGAGAAGUUGUUUGAGAUUGACCCAGAUACUACUAUUCUGGCCUUAGCCGACAUGAUGAGGAAAAAAAUCGCUAUGCCAGCCCUCUUGAUGUACGAUGGUCAGGAUGAUAACCUUUUCGAGAACUUCUCAGCUGUUGCCCAGAAUCUUGGGGUCUAUACUGCCAAGGACUAUGCCGAUAAUUUAGAAUUUUUGGUGGGAAGAUGGAAUGUAGCGGGAUUGACAGGUUUGUCUAGUGAAGGACGCAGGGCUCAAGAUUUUGUGUGUAGAUUGCCUUCAAAGAUUAGAAGGUUACAAGAGAGAGCUCAAGAAAGGGCAAAGCAAGCAUCAACCAUUCCUUUUAGCUGGAUUCAUGGUAGAGAAGUCAGAGUUUGAGUUCAGUGCCGUGUGUGGGGAAUGGUAGCUUCCACCUAUCAGUCGUCAAAGAGUGCUCAUCUUCAGUAUAGUUUGCAGUCUAUCUAUGAUAUAUGUAUAAAGUGUCCUCUCAAGUGACAUCACGUAAUUACAGAUACUCUCAUGUUUCCUUUUA